AUGAAUCGAGAACUAAGACGCUGCUGCAUAGUGGGUGGAAAUGCAGUUUCUGCCUUCUUGUCAUGGCGGCUGCAGGCCACCAACGCCUGUGAUGUGACUCUGGUCUGGAAAGCGAAUUACCAGACUGUGGCCCAAUACGGAGUCUCCUUCAAAUCUUCACUGUACGGAAAUGAAAGAUUUAAGCCCCGAUACGUCGUCCAAAGCCCUGAAGAGGCAGCGAACCAGCAGGCAGCCUUCGACUACGUCCUUCUCUGCGUCAAAGCCCUACCCGACGUCUACAAUUUAGCAGAUAUAAUCCAAUCGGUCGUCACUCCUCAGCAUACCUGUAUUCUUGUGAACACGACAAACACACUGGGAGUGGAACAACAACUUGAAGAACGAUUUCCCACAAAUGUGGUCUUGUCCCUCGUUUCUGGCGCCGAUUUAACCCAACUGGGGUCGAGCGAAUUUGAACACACCGGUUCCACGGAGAUCUGGGUUGGGCCGGCAAGCAAGAAUGCCACGAUACCAGAGUCGAUUCAGAGGGACAUGUCGGAAGCCCUGGCCAUGACCUUGACCACUGCCCAGGUUGACUGCAAGGUGUCUACAAAUAUUAAACAGCAGCAGUUUGAGAGGAUGAUCGGGCCCAUUGCAUUCCAUCCGACAAGCGUGCUUUUCGAAACACCAAGUCUCUCGGACCUGAUUCGUUUGCCCGGUGUGCAUGACCUGAUAUCCGAUAUUAUUGAAGAGUUGGUACAGAUCGCCCAUGCACAAGAUUGCAAGUUUCCGAGCAACUUCAAGGAAACGACAAUCCAGUCGAUGAUCGGGUCAAGUCAAGAUCCCAGUACAAUGUACCAGGACUUCACAGCCCGCCGUCCCAUGGAGGUCGAGACCUAUCUUGGCUCUCCGGUCGAACUAGCCAAAAAGGCAAGUAUCAAGGUGCCCCGACUCGAGACCCUGUACACGAUGCUACGUCAUGUCAACACUGUCAAUAAGGACCGUCCUGUCGCUUCUACUACCAUGCCACAAUCGCCAUCCGUAAUGCAACCUCCUCCCAGAACGAUGUCUCUCGCAAAUGCUCCCCCUCGACAUCCGAACGCACCCGUCAAUGGAGCUCCCAGGCCGAUGCGCGGUCCCAACAUGGGACCACCCAUGGGACCACCUGGAAGACGCGGUCCUCCUCCCAUCAACGGCUUCCGCGGGCCGCCAAGCAGUUACCCGCCCCGGGGACCUAGUCAGAUGCAGCGUCGGCCAUCCUACGACGAGACGAACCUGGAUGAAUUUAGUCAUGUUGUCCUUUACGACGAACUGCCCGACGGCGAUGUGGCCGCCAAUUUCCCUGACAAUGCCGGCCCUCCCGCAGCAUCAAUGCGCGAACGAGAACUGAUGCUACGAGAGAAGGAGCUGCACCUGAAACAACAGGAGAUGGCAAUCAGAAAUCGCUCGGGCCGAAGAACGUCGCACAACCGUCAUCAGGAUUUUGAUGAUGACGAUGAUGACGACGAUUAUUUUGAUCCAAUGCAAGCACGUGGUCCUCCAAUGCCCCCCAUCGACCCGGACAAUUUUGACAUGAUGAGCGUUACUUCAAGGCGGACUAAACGGACAACCAGCCAGAAUCAAUUGCGGAAAGAUGUCUUUGUAAAUGGGAACGGCAUGCGCCCCGGAUCUUAUGGCCGACCCAACCCAAACAGGCAUCGGACCAGUGCCCAGCUUAUGUCUGAUAUGCCCAUACUUGGAGAAAAUAUCCUUGACAACCCGAUGAUGGGCUUUUCAUCCAACCGGUACGGAUCUGUGGAUCGCAAGGAAAUGGCGGAUGAGUCACGUGCAAAUUCCCUAACAGCAAGCCGGCUUCAAGAACUGGGACCGAAUGGAGGACCAUAUCCCGGUCCGCCUAGUAGGCGGACAAGUCGAUCUCCAGGCAAUCCGUUCGGGCCGGCUGGACGAGGCCCCAACCGACCGUCACCUCCCAACGAUCCUUAUAUGCAACCAGGACAACGCAAUGGUCGACCGUCCCCACCGGGAGGGAUACCUGCACCAGUACCCAGAUACCCUCCAGGUCAAGGCAGCAUGAUACCUCCACAUCAAAUUGAUCAGGCCGGGGUGAGCAAACCAUUCCCACCAAAACCACCUGUGAAAAGUCUGACUGGGAGUGCCAGUGCUAGCGCUGGAAGUGGGGAUAGCGGAAGUGCCAAUAUCGACUCGGAGCCAUCGGCUCAUAGCAGCACCAGCAGCUUCGCACCUCGGCAGAUCUUGAGCAUCCGUUGA